AUGGAGAAAAAUAUCGAGACAGCUGUGUCGGUGUUAGAGACAUUUAUAACCGAUUCCACUGUGCAAAAUUUGAGUGUGAAAAACGCUGAAGAAGUCUCCGUGAUAGCAGAACGAUUAGAAAUUGAUCAUGUGGAAGAAACAUCUGUGAUAGCAGAACAGGCGACUAUAACGUCUGCAGAUGCUGUCAUUAAUGCUGAACAAUUCAACAUCGAAACCAACAUCACUGGUUCUACAGUGCAAGAUUUGAAUAUUGAAACAGCUGAAAAUGUUUCUGUGCUUACUGAAAAAGCAAAUAUAGCAGCGGGUAAUGAAACAAACGUGCAAGCUGCAGAGGUUUCUGUUUCAACUGAGCAAGCGAUUGUUACGGCAAGGGAGGCAAUUAUCUGUGCAAAUGUUCUUCAACAAACCAACAUCAACGAAACAAACAUAACCGAUGCUAUUGUUGAAGAGAUAAAAGCAGAAAAUAUUCAAAAUAUACACGCCAAAAAUGUUGUGAUAUAUAAUAUGCCCGGAAAUUACGGGAAAACUGGAACAUCAGCUGGUUUAUUGGCGCCGUCGGCAUUGCAAGCAGGUUGGAAUGGUAAACCACAACAGUCACUGGUUGCGUAUAUGACAGAAGCAGAUACUGCCGGACACGCAACAACGAUACCGAAGGAAAUAAAUAAUUCAGGUUCCAGAAAACUCCUCAAGUCAUCUCAAACACGGAAAUAUGUGGCCGAAUUCAAAGAAGUGAUCAAUCGCGACGCGUAUUGGAAAUCCAAGGAGUCUAUUACGGAGUUGUACAAAGAUCAAAGACUGGUUGAACCAUCUUUUGAAGUAAAUCCACGUUUGAAAGAAUUGACACAUUUUUUUGGAGGUGAGAUGGCGCCAAAGAUGAAAGAAUAUCGUAAAGAUGCCGAAUUAGGCGCUUUGAUCGAAAACAUCAGCGAAGGAAGAAUCGUUACCAUCAAACAAUUGAUCAAAAGUUUUAAUUCAAAGAAAAAUCGGUUCAUUACAAUUAUCGGACAGGCAGGAAGCGGAAAAACAACAUUUACGAAACGCUUGGUUCAUGCUUUGUGCGAAGACUCAAGAAAAAGUUUCAAAAACAAGUUCAAGAAAAGUUACGGCAUUAUUUAUUUUGUUAACAUUCGCGACCUUCUCAAUUCGGAUUCAAUUAGUGCUAUGGAAUUGCUCUUUGAAAAAGUCGUCACUGAUUUGAGUGAAGAAAGCCUAUUAUGUGGCUAUGAAUGGAUCAUUGAAAAUCAGGAGAAAGUUGUUUUUAUUUUCGAUGGAUUGGAUCAGGCGACUUGGUCUCUUAUCGAACAUCACUGCAAGAUAAACCACCAUGAAAGAGCCAGUACAGCAACGGUAAUGUACAACAUUGUCACUGCUCAUCUUUUCCCCAGGGUUCAGAUUGUCAUCACCUCUCGCGAGCAUUGUAUAGCAUCUCUCACUGCUGAACUUCGGCCCCAUCUAAUCUACGGGUUAGUAGGUCUGAGCCCAGAUGACGUCAAGAAAUUAUUCGUUGCACUCUUGGGUGAUAUCGGCCAACAGCAAUGGGAUCGGAUGUGUUUAUCCUCUCCUGCAAUUAUUCCGCUGUCUUCAGUCCCAAUAUUUUUAAUAUACAACGCCAUCGUUCAGAAGUUUAACCCGAAUAAUCCACCAGAUACCAUGACAGGAGUUAUGUUGGAGAUUAUUGAUGUUCUUCUGCAAUCUCAGCAUGUCAGAGAUAAGCAGGUUCUGCACAAGUUGAAAGAAAUGGCUUUUCGAGCAAUGAGUGUAGGUCGAGUCGUUUUUACAAAAGAAGAAUUAUUGAAGUUUGGAAUAGAUCCAGAUUCGAUUCAAGACCUGGUAAUCAAAGUUCCAGGCCGCACAAGGGCGAGUCAUUGCCUGCUUGAAGGAACCCAACAAAUAUGUUUCUCACACCAAGUAAUUGAAGAAAACUUUGCCGCGAUGUUCGUGUCAGAAAUGGAACUUCGUGAUUUUGAAGAAUUCGUGGAAGAAUUCAUUCAUCAAAAUCAUUGGUCGGUUGUUCGCAAAUUCGUGUGCGGAAUUCUUCUCAACCCAGAUUUGGCAAUCGACUGGUCUCCACAAAUGCUUCAAAUUAAAGACAAGAAAGCAAAAAAAGAAAUCUUGAGACGUAGCAUGAAUGAACAGCUGAAAAAAACAAACGAUUCAACCGCUUUGCUGGAAUUGUACGGGGCUUUGUACGAGUCUAAUGACGCUGGUUUAAUUCAAUCCCACGUUGACAAUAUAAGUAUCGAAUAUACAACAAUCAACUCCAGUAGAAUGUUGGCAAUAUCAUCAAUUAUGCGUCGAAGUGAGAAUCUGAAUCUUCUGCGUUUUGCCACAUGUUUUCUCACUGCCGAACUAUUUGGCAUCAUGGUUUCAAAUUUAAAGCAUUCCCAGCUGAAGAUCAAGAAGUUUGUCCUGAACAACAGAUUUAAUGCUGAAUUAUAUUCCGCUGUUAUUCAAUUCACCGAAGAUCACGUCGAGGAAAUGGUGUUGGAGAAUUGCAGGGGAAUGGAGGAAUUAUUGAUCAUCAGUAAAAACUCUGUAUCCAAGAAAAUGUUUAUCAACCUGAUUGACUUCUGGACGACGAAGAUGUCAGUACAACUUAGCAUUAAGAUUGGUAUCGUUUGUUUUAAGUAUAAUGUUGAAAAGUUGCAGAUAUGUAAUGCUGAUUUAAAAGCGACUCAUCUUCGAAACAUAUUUAAACACAUAGGAACUGGUAAAGUAAGUGAAUAA